AUGGUGUCAAAGCUGUCUUUUUUCCGAGCCAAUUAUCUUCCCUUCCCGGUCUUCACUUCCUACACGGCUCGUUUCAUCCAUAAACCCUAUCCAACUCCCAAAAUCUUCUCCAGUAAUCUCACCUCCAACACCGUUCCGUACGGCCCGUCUCUUCGGAAAGGGAAAAAGCCAUUUCCAGACGAACUUCAAUUCGUUUCAAUCGGUCGAGACAGAGAUGCCCGUCGAGGCAAAAUUGGAGAUUCGGAAGAAUCAAUCGAGGAAAGUGCUCUUCUGAACGAAAGCGAUUUCACUCGGAUAAUCGAGAUUUCGGCGGUUCGUGUCCCGGCGAAGGAUUGUUUCUCGCUCGAGAAUCGUCUCCGCGGUCAUCUCCUUAAUUGGCCUAGGAUCCGGAACAUUGCUAGGGUUCCUGGAGAUGAAAUCGAAGAAGACGUGUUGAAGCUUCUGGGCCGUGAGACUGAAGAAGACGACGAAGAAGAAGAUAGUGUUGUGGAUUCGGUUGAUAGGAGAAUACGAGGAAAAGCAGAAGGGGACGGGGAGAGAUUGAGCUCAGUGUUGCACAGAGAUCAGCUCGCCAGGACGUUUAAUUCGACUGGGUAUCUCAAAUUCAGAAACUUGGCUAAAAUUUCUCGGCCAAAGAGGAAGCGGAAGACUGAGAAAACGGAGGGGAAGGAUAAGGGAAAUGAAAAGGUAAAAGGAAGCAGACGGAACGAAUUCGCUGUGGUGGAAGUAGUUGAAGGUCAAGGAGAAACGGAGGAUUUUGAGGGGUUGUUAGGAGAAGGCUAUGGUAGUAGAGGAAGAUGGAGAGGUUCAACAAGACUGUUGCUUUUGGAUGAGAAAUAUUCCGGUGAGGAAGUUCAAGACUUGCCUGAGGCUAUCAAGGUUCUGUUCAAGGAAGCUAAAAAGACUGAUGCAAGCUUAAGUUUCGAGCUAGUGAAAUGCAGACUGACUUUGUUCUAUGACUAUUGGCAAAUGAAUGAGGUAUUGGAAGCUUUGUUACCAAAGGGUAUGAUUGUGCCUUCAGCGUUUGAGACGGUGGGGCAUAUUGCGCAUUUGAAUCUAAGAGACGAGCAUUUACCAUACAAGAGGCUCAUUGCUAAGGUGGUUUUGGACAAGAAUCAGCCAAAGAUACAAACCGUUGUGAAUAAGAUUGAUGCUAUCCACAAUGACUUCAGAACGAUGCAGCUAGAGGUUUUAGCCGGAAACCAUUCUCUGGUGACUCUGGUUGUUGAAAAUGGACUGCGCUUUCAUGUUGAUUUAGCUAGAGUAUACUGGAAUUCAAAACUUGGAACAGAGAGACAGAGGCUUCUGCUUGGGUUCGACCACAAUGAUGUUGUCUGUGAUGUCUUCGCUGGAGUAGGUCCAAUCGCACUUGCUGCAGCAAGAGUUGUAAAACGUGUAUACGCCAAUGACCUAAAUCCUCAUGCAGUAGAAUUCAUGGACCAGAAUAGGAUUGUCAAUAAGCUCGAGAAGAGAAUCGAAAUAUUCAACAUGGACGGACGAAGAUUCAUAACGUCUAUGUUUUCAAGCGAAAAAGGUCGAAAAAUCACUCAAGUAGUCAUGAAUCUACCAAAAGAUGCCGCUGAGUCUCUAGAUGCCUUUCAAGGAGUAUACAACGGAAGGCAGAGAGAUCAAGGCUUAUCAUUCCCAACCAUACAUGUCUACGGUUUCUCCAAAGCUGCUGAUCCGGAAUUCGACUUCCACGAGAGGAUACGGAUUGCUCUAUCGGAGGUUGCGGUGGACGUGAAGAUGAGGAAGGUACGCCUCGUGGCUCCCGGAAAAUGGAUGCUUUGUGCUUCUUUCAUACUUCCAAAGAGCGUUGCCUUCUCAAGAAAAAACAUAGACAAUUCAUGUUAA